AUGGCUUAGGAAGUAGGAACAGGGAUGGCUGACUCCACAGGUGAUCCAGAGACAGGCAAAGACAUGGAAGAUCUGACAGAAGGCUUGGAGGAACUCUGUGAGAGUUCUAAGGAGCAGAAUGAGGAGGCACUGCUGCGUUCACACCUAGAACAGAAUCUUUGUCUUGUCUCUAUACCGAGGAAGAAAGUGGAUGACACUCACGAACGCUGUGGAGACCUGGAGCAGCUCAACAUGGAGCUGGAGAAACUGAGGACCAAGGAUGCUGUGAAAAUUAAGACCCAGCGUAUUCAGUAUUUGGAGGGGCACUUAAUGGAUCCAGUCAAACACCAUGAAAAGAUGAUCCAUUUCAAAAACAAACAUAACAACUGGCACAUGCAGCUGUGGGAGGAGAACAAGCACCUGCAGCAGGACAGGGAAGCACUCAUCAGCCAGGCUGUGAGGGAGAAGGAAGAUGAAGUGCUCCAGCUGGCGGCCCAGGCCAGGAAGUUCUCACAGCAGUUGUGCUCCUUUCAGGAGAAAUACACUUAGGAGAGUCACAGAGCCCAGGAGCAAGGGAAGGAGCUGCUGGAAGCUCAGAGCCAGCAAGCAGGUACCUAUGCCGGGGAGGUGGAUUCACUGAAGAAGCAGCUGCAGCUCCUACAGGAAAGGCACCAACAAGCUGCUGCAAGGGCUGAGCAGGCAGAGAGUCAGCAGAGGGCUCAGGACAGUGAGCUGCAGGCCAAGCUGGAAAGGACACAUGAAGAGAAAGAGCAGCUACUGAACCUGGUCAUGGAGAGGAGCAAAACUCUGCAAGAUAAGGAACAGGAGAUUCAGAAGCUGGAGGAGAACAAGACUGUGGAAGAAGCCAUGCAGAGAGGAGGGAGGUGCCUCAAGAAAGAGGCAGCAGUAGACAAAGAUCUGAAGGUUCAAGAGCUACAAGGACAGCGAGAAUGCAGCAAGCUGGAGUACAAUGCACUCUUGCUGCAGUUCGAUGCUUACAGAAAGCACAGUAUGGAUUUGCUGACUAAAGAGAGAGCUCUGAAUGUCAAACUGUGUCACUUUGUUGCAUAA